AUGAGAGGACGGGAAGAUCAACAAUCAAGGGUUUUCUGCGAGCUGUCGGCUCUGGUCUUCAACCUCCUGCGCUCCCCGCCGCUCGUGCCGGAGCCUCCGACCAGACGCUCGCCGCUCGUGCCGGAGCCUCCCACCAGGCGCUCGCCGCAGGGGGCUCAGAUAACACCGGCGGGGUUCGCUUCUCUUCUUCUGGGGAUUUCGGUGGCUCUCAUGCUCUGCGGAUCGGUGACUUUUUUCAUCGGGUUUAUGCUGAUGCCGUGGGUUCUAGGAUUCGUGAUGGUGUUCUACGUCGCUGCUGUCGUUUCCGCUCUCUCCGUUCUGGGGCGUUCCAUUCUCUGUUUCGUCUUGCCGCGUAAAGAUCUUUCUGAGUGGAAACUUAUGUGA